AUGUCUUCCAAGCUCGAGCUCCUCGUGCUAGCCCUGGCUCUGCCCCUCGGGGCCUUGGCUUCGCCCUCCUUCAUCCUCCGCAGAGCCCCCUCGCCUGACAACACUUGCGGAACUACCGGUAACGGGGGGAACCCUAAUGCAUACUCAUGCCCUACCGAUCUGCCGUGCUGCUCCGUCAAUGGAUGGUGUGGAAGCACCGACGACUACUGUCUGACGUCCAACGGAUGUCAGAGCCAGUUCGGCAAUUGUACUCAAAACGGUGGUCCUGCCACUGGAAGUGACGGUGGUGACGGCGAUUCCGGCAAUACUCAGUGCGGGCCAAACAACGGAAACGCGUCUUGCGCUGCGAAUGAGUGUUGCUCUGCUUCCGGGUUCUGUGGGACCGGUCCUGAUUACUGCAGAGCUCCGGAUUGUUUGUUCCAAUUCGGACCCGCUUGUGAUGCUAACCAGAAGCCGUCGGGACAGAACACGUCGAGCAUUGCUCGGCCGCAGCUUGGCGAUGUUGCUUACGGCGGCCCAGGUGUUUAUAGCUGUAUCAACCCAGGAGAUGUGGCCUUGACGUUUGACGAUGGCCCCGACAAGUACACGAAUGACCUGCUGGACCUCCUGAAGAAGUACAAUGCUUCGGCUACCUUUAUGGUUACGGGUAACAAUAACGCCAAGGGUGAGAUCGAUAACCCGACUCUGCCGUGGGUAAACAUCAUCAAGCGCAUGUUUACCGAGGGACAUCAGAUUGCCAGUCACACCUGGUCUCAUGCAGAUCUGUGCCAGAUCACCUCAGCUCAGCGCAGAGAUGAGAUGUACAAGCUUGAAAUGGCUCUACGCAACAUUAUCGGCGUCUUCCCUACUUACAUGAGACCCCCCUUUUCCUCCUGUACCGCCGAGUGUGGCUGCGAGGAUGACAUGGCCGCGUUGGGGUACUCUGUCAUCUACUUCGACCUCGACACCCAGGACUACCUUCACGACGACCCUGCCUUGAUCCAACAGUCUAAAGACAUCGUCGACCAGUCAAUCGCUGAAAAGCCGGCGCCCACCGACAACUUCCUGGUCAUCGGCCAUGACAUUCACCAGCAGACGGUAUACAAUCUCACCGAGUACAUGCUGCAGAAAUUCCAGGGCAAGAAGAUGGUUACCUUGGGGGAUUGUCUCGGAGAUCCCAGAAAGAACUGGUACCGCGCUGAUACUCGCACCACGUUGGGUGCUUGA